AUGCCUUCAGAAGUCGAUGGUAACGUGUCUGAUGCAGUCGCAAUAUGCGGCUUUUCCAUCAAAUUUCCACAGGAGGCGACAUCUGCUGAUGCUUUCUGGGAAAUGAUCGUGAGACGAAAGUGUACCAUGACCGAAUUUCCAGCUGAUCGGAUCAGCCUCUCUGGUUUUCAGUCGAGCAAUAAAAAGAGGAAUAAUACGUUCUCUGUACGAGGCGGGCACUUCAUCAAGGAGGAUCUCUCUCUCUUUGAUGCGGACUUCUUCAACAUUUCCCCUACCGAAGCGGCAGCCAUGGACCCUAUGCAAAGGUGGCUCCUGGAGGCAGCGUACCAAGCUCUUCAAAACUCGGGGAUAUCAAUGGAGGCCGUGUCUGGCACCAGCACCGGCGUAUAUACUGGUUGCUUCACUAACGACUACAUGACCCAACUCUAUCGUGACCCAGAGUGCACUCCAGCGUAUAUGGCAACUGGUGUGGGCACCAGUAUGCUAGCGAACAGGAUCAGCUGGUUCUUCAAUUUUCACGGCCCUAGUUUGAAGACAGCAUCCUGUGACCUAAGCAUGGUUGCGGGCUGCAAUCUGACUUUCGCUCCAGAAUUAUAUCAGUCAAUGUCCAACAUGAACUUCCUCUCUCCCGACAGCCUCUGCUACUCCUUUGAUGAACGUGCCAACGGUUAUUCCCGUGGUGAGGGGAUCGCGGUAAUCAUUCUAAAAAGGCUCUCUGACGCGAUACGAGACGGCAAUACCGUUCGUGCAGUCAUACGUGCUACUGGCUCCAACGAAGACGGACGAACAGCGGGGAUCACUCAACCAAGCGGCCAGGCCCAAGAACAAUUGAUUCGUGAGACAUAUCGCAAAGCGGCUCUAUCAAUGGCCCAUACACGAUAUUUUGAGGCACAUGGUACCGGCACUCCAAUGGGUGACCCUAUUGAGGCGCUAGCAGUUGGCAAGGCAUUUGGUGAUUUUCGAUCAGAAAUCGAUCCUCUUUAUAUGGGCGCCGUGAAGUCCAAUAUUGGCCACCUUGAAGGCGCCAGCGCUUUGGCUGGAGUCAUUAAAGCAGUACUUGUCCUGGAAAAGGGCGUCAUUCCACCAAACGCGAAUUUCGAGAAGCUCAAUCCAAAAAUCGAUGACAAGUCGCUAGGUCUUAAGUUCCCAGAAAAAUGUUACAGUUGGCCGACCCCAGGACUGCGGAGGGCUUCAAUCAAUUCGUUCGGCUAUGGCGGCUCCAAUUCACACAUCGUCUUGGACGAUGCGUACAACUUCAUGCAUUUGAGAGAUCCAUGUCAUGCUGCUCAGUGA